CUGGGAGGAUACUUACUCCAGAGAACUGAAAGUAUUUCAAGAUGUUGGUGACACGGGCGAAAUCUGGUUUGGAGAGGAAGUGCAAGACAGAAUAGUUCGAUGGGUAACAAAGAGAUCCCAGUUACCGGUAACUUCACGUAUCUUAGAUAUUGGCUGUGGAAAUGGGAUGCUGUUGUUAGCACUUAGAAGCGAAGGAUUUACAGACCUGACUGGCGUAGAUUAUUCAGAAGGUGCAGUCUCAUUGUCCAGAAGUAUUGCACAGAAGGAGGGUGUCACAGAUAUUCAAUUUGAGGUGUGUGAUGUUCUGUUGCCAUCAUCAGUGGCUGGUUUAUGUCGCAAUGGGCACUUUGAUGUUUGUCUAGAUAAAGGAACUUAUGAUGCCAUCAGUUUACAUGAUGCAGAGUCUUCCACUGACCGUGUCAAGUACGGUCAAAAUGUGCAGUCUUUGCUGUCUGAACAGGGGCUUCUGAUCAUCACAUCCUGCAACUGGACAAAGGAACAGCUAGAACAGAACUUCCAAGCUGAUUUUGAAACCGUCUGUGAGAUUCCUGCUCCAAGAUACACAUUUGGAGGAAAGAUUGGCCAGACAGUGACAACACUUGUGCUGAAGAAAAGAUUAAAUCCUGAUAGCUGA